ACAAUUACUACAGUAUUGUAUGUCGGACAUUUAAUUCUGCAGGACUGGGUGCACACUUCCCUAUAUACUGCACGAAGGUAAACCAAAAUUGGUUGAUUGUGUUGUACAUGUAGUUCUAAUAGCUCCUGAUUAAACUGUCGGAGCUUUAUGUUUUUCAAAACUCUUUGAGCACAUGACCCACACCGACAGUCGGUCGUUCUGACGGGAGAUUACACAAUGUUUCCUGGGUGUGACGUGAUCAGUGGAUUUACAUAUUACAUGUUUUGGAUUAUUUCAUUCUAUGGAGCAGUCAAAGGGGAAACAGCAUGCGGAACUGCGAUGAAGCAGUAUUCUCUGCUAGGUGCAUCGCUUUGUUACAAUACGUCGGCUAUCGGAAACAGGGUUGUAUUGGACGGCUUCCUAACACAACAAUCCCAAGAAACCAACUGUAAAUGUGUUGUGACUUCCACAGAGAAAGCAAAAGUCAGUUUUAUAGUGCUGAAUAAUCUACAACCAGAUCAUUCAUCUUGCGGAAGCACUAUCACUAUUGAGACAGCAGGAUCUAGCAUCCCUAUGAACUGUUUCGUUUACGGAAACCUUAACAUUCAACCUUCUCAGACAAUGGAUAUUACCUUCAACAAACCAGCUUACUCCUUUGAUUCCAAUUACUGUAUACUCCUAACUCCAGAUAGCACAAGCGCAUUGCUUACUUUGAAAUGCGAAGGAGACUUGCCGGGUUCCUCAGAGACAACUUCCAAAAAAGCAACUACAACAUCUCAAACAAUAACAGUCAUUUCCACUGAAAAACCAACAACAACAAGUACUGCAAUACCGACAACAUCCACAAUAUUCAAAACCACUACUUCACAGAGAUCAACACAUUCAUCACGAGGUACAACUACAGAGACACAGAGGACAACACGGGCUCCUACAGAACAGAGUACAACAAGGUCACAGACGUCAACACACAGUACAACAAGGUCACAGACGUCACCACACAGUACAACACGGUCACAGACGUCAACACACAGUACAACACGGUCACAGACGUCAACACACAGUACAACACGGUCACAGACGUCAACACACAGUACAACAAGGUCACAGACGUCAACACACAGUACAACACGGUCACAGACGUCAACACACAGUACAACACGGUCACAGACGUCAACACAUAGUACAUUACAGUCCACAGUGACGGGUACCACUGGAUCAGAUGUGACACCAAAGGAAUUAUCGGUUUCCACCACAGAGUGGAUCUACAUAAUACCAGUCAUAGGAGUUGGGCUUAUUUUGAUUUGUGCCAUUGUCGUAGCUAUCUGUUACACUCAAAGAAAUAAGCACAAGAACCUACACACACAGAGGAAUGGUAUGUAUGCUUUUGAGAACAAACCCAGCAACUCGCCAUAUUCCCCAAAUUUUAAUGCUGGAUCAGGGAUGAUCAGCAAGUUAUCCACUUCCAUAGAAUCCUCGGACAUUAAAGUUGUCGUUCUUGAUGACGUAAGAGAUGAUGUAUCAGAAUCAACCAAUGUGAGUGAAGGAACAUUCGUCCGUCAUAGUGUACGACAACCAAUUAUCAAAAACGAGGUCCCAACGUAUGCCGUCGUAAACAAGUCGACAAUGCUUGAUAAACCUGGGUCAGAUGCAAAGUAUGCGGUGUUCGAUAAAUCAACUACACAAGAAAACCAGUUGGCGGAAAUGGAGGCAGAUAUCAUUUAUUGAAUGACAGUGGUGAAAUACUCUUGAUUUUUUAAAGGAUAAUCAUUAGUACAUUUUAUUACCAUCAAGUGUUCAAUCUGCGCGCACGCAUGCGUCGUUGUACUGAAUAGCUAUUAUUCAUACGUGCAUGGACGUGAUUUUGAAAUCAACUCCUUUUUAUUGUUUUCAAUUACGUUUACAUUAAUAUACAUGUACGCCUGUCGUGCAGAACUACAUAAUUUCCGUCAACUGGUAAUCGGUGAACUUUAAUAUUACAUGUAAUCAAAUAUACCGUUAUGUCAUUUUCCUGAAAACAUGGACCAUGCAGUCUUUCCAUCUUUUGAACUUCGUCAAUGAUUAGAAUUGCAAUUUUUCAAACUAUUAAUGCAUUUUGUUAGAAUUUAGUAAAGUUUUAAAUUUGAUA